AUGGUGGCCAUGCAUGAUAUAUCAUCCACCGGAUGGGGAGUCACAUAUUCGUCCAACGCGCAAGUUGCAUGUGGUGGUUACAUUUUUGUUAUAGAUCGUGGUGCGUUUUAUCACGUUCAGUUUCUCGGUCCACUAGUUGAAAGAGCUUGGGUUCAUCCAACUAGUAUGAUACCAUUCAAAGGAAAGAAGAAGUUUGACGAGUACGUUCAAGAAAAAAAUAAAAGCUCUAAAGACAAAUCGGAAAGAGCAAAAUUUGACAGCAAGUCCACGUCCUGCAGUCGUAACAUUUGGGUUCAGUCUUGGAAGGAAGCCGAAGCUGCCAUGAAUCUGCCUCCUGAGAAGCGAGUCGAGAAAUUUGGUAGAAUUUCUGUUAACACAAAAUUUCGGCAACUGAAUGAUGCGGAAAAAGAAGAAAUGUUGAAACUCAUGGGUGGUGUUCCUCUCACCACUGAAGAGGAAACGGAAUCUCUAGCAACGUUCCUGCGUGAAGAAAUGGAGACACGGUUGCGUAAACACCCCGAAUUGGAUAGUGUGUCCCUGGAAGAUGAGCUCAGGGCCCAAUGGCCAGCGCUGGAUAUUUCAACUAAACGAAGUUAUCUUCACAACAAGCUCGGUGUUUUCAGAACUUCACAGUCCGAACGGCCUACGCGGAGGAGUCGGUCGACUCUUGAGCAGUCCCCGAAGUCCACCACCAAGAAGCCCAUCGAUGACACCCAAGGUUCCUCCGGCAAGUCGAGCAAAAAAAAGGUCAACGAGAGCACUACUGAACCCACUGAAAGAUCACGCGAGGUUGACGUGGAAAUCUAUCGGUUGAUCGUUUCACCUGCGCAGUAUCGUUUACAGCCUGUGUGCCCGUCCUGCGAGGUGUAUUCUAACGCUCCUGGUCAGAUGUUGAGAUGUCAAGGUCCCUGUGGCCGUCUUGUGCAUCCUACUUGCAUGCGAUACAAAACCCCUCCUCCCGCAGACAACAGUCAACCAGAUAAAUUCAAAUGUCCCCAGUGCCUAACAGGCGACUAUUUGUGUGAAAUCUGCGGGAAGCCAGACUCCGUUGGAUCCUUGUUUAUUUGUCGGGAACCCGAAUGCGGACGUCAUUUUCACCAAACUUGCGUGGUGCAAUGGCCAGGCGUGCUGACACGACAAUCCGGUUCAGAGUCGAAAGCGAGCAGAUCGUCGGCUUUCCAGCUUCUUCAAUGUCCCGCUCACAGCUGCCAAACAUGCUGUCUGGAAUCUGAGGACCCCAAUCAGCCGUCUUCUCACAAAGAAAUUCCUCUGUUACAAUGCGUCCGGUGUCCGGCGGCGUUUCACACCGGUGAUUUGUGCACUCCCGCUGGGUCGGCCGAGGUCUCCCUUUCACACAUAGUCUGUCCUCGCCACUAUGAAGAGAAAUUGAACAGUCUGUCUGGUUUCAAAACUCAACACACCAGCUGGUGCUUCAAAUGUUUCAACCCGGUGACAGAAAAAGUGCUAUGUCAAACGUGUCCUGCAACGUACCACAGAGACUGUCUGUCAUCACCGCCACCACCGGAAGGCGGUGCUUUCACAUGCGACUCGUGCCGACGUGGACUCUUCCCUCGUUAUGCUCAAAUUAUUUGGGCCAAAAUCCCCUCAUUCCGUUGGUGGCCUUGUGAAAUCAUCCAUGCCCGAAAUGCACCAAUCAACAUACUGAACAUGUCCCACCCGGAAGGCACCUUCCCAGUACAUUUUUUGGGCUCAGACGAGUACCAGUGGGUGUGUCGUGGUGCAGUGUUUCCCUACGAAAUCGGCCUCAGAACGUCGGCUGCUAAAGACAGCCACGGAACCAAAAGCGUGGAGAAAGCUUUCACUCGUGCCCUCCAGCGCGCCCCAUUGGCUCAUCAGUUGUACGUGAAUCACGUACUCAAGCGUGGUCUUCCACUCAAAUCAAUGCACGCGGACCCAUUACCCGAGGAAGACCUGUUACCUCCCGCAUCUAUGGAGGUGGAUAUCGUGGUUCAUCCGAAGUUGGACGAAGAGCACAGGGCGGUCGCGAUGGCCGGAGUGACGCAUAUCGAGAGCAACAUCUUCCCGGAUGAUUUGUGGCCUACGAUUCGCAAAGCAAUCGAACAACGGAUACCUACUACAUCUUGUGGUUGCGCCGAUGGACCUGAUGGGUCCUCUCUCCACUGUUCCAAAGAAACCAACUGCCUUCAUGUCGCCCAUGGAGCGGAUUGCACCCCGGAAUUCUGCUCCUUCGGCCCUAUCGAUUGUGGGAACAGACGAUUUGCGAAGUGGACUACCUUGUCUGAGAGUGACCGAGUGACUGUGUUUCGCACCGUCAAUCGAGGUUUCGGACUUAAAGCCAACCUGGCAUUUGAGACCGAUGAGUUAGUCACUCAAUACGUGGGUGAUGUGAUCAGAUUGGAAGAGGCGAAUAAACGAAUCGUCGAUGCGUUGGGCCCUUCAGCUCUGGCUAACUUGAGUUCUGCACGUAAAGGAUUCCAACCUCUGGCAGAAACCCACCUGAUCCGUUUGGGGAUGGACUUAGACUUUGUGAUAGACGCUCGUCAAAGCGGCAAUCUAUCGCGUUUCGUGAACCACUCCUGCGAGCCUAACUUAAAGGCCGAAAGUUGGAUUUACGAUGGCAAGCCAUGUGUAGGUUUCUUUGCCAUUCUACCGAUCUCCGUCAAUGACGAGCUUACAAUCGAUUAUCUCGCUUCACAACUUCUCACUACCGGCCUCAUGGGAGCCAGUUGUUUAUGCCUGUGUGGCACGGAUUCUUGCGUUAGCACGUUGCAUUUACCGAUUAGCUUCCAGCCAACUGUAGUCCCCACCACCGAGACGAUAGCUUUGUCCACUCGCCGCAAAUCCAAACAGAAGCCUGAAGAUGUAGCCGCUGAUGCGACCACCGGUAAAGAUACACCGAAGAAGCCAAGCGUAAAAACAGAACCAGAGCCAGCGUCGGUGACAACUCGCUUGGCUGCGGGGGCAAUCCACUCUCCAAAGCGGACAGAUAGGGCUCUCAUUCAACCUGCCAAAGCAGCAGCUCGAGCAGCCGCAGCGAAACGGAAGCAAAGCCCAACUUCAUCCACAACUAACUUGGCGCACGACCAACAUGCUCUCUUGGGACUGCGGCCUCCGCCACACGAGGAUUUUUGUUACAGGUGUGGAGAUGGCGGCGAAUUGCUUCUGUGUGACAAAAAGACCUGCCCGAAAUCGUUUCACUUGAAUUGCCUUGGGCUGACCAGCCCACCGUCUGGAAUUUGGUACUGCCCGUGGCACUAUUGCGACCGAUGUGGACAUCCUUCCACUCAUCUGUGUUGGCGUUGUCCCAAUUCGUACUGCGAACAGCAUGCGGACGAGGACAAAAUUCAAGUUGAUGAGUUGGAUGCGGAACGUUGGGCUAUCGCUAAGACCGGAUUGAACCCAGUCAACACACCUGCCAUCGUGUCCAGCUUUCGAUGGAUUUGUUCCGAUCACAUUGGGAUGAAUAUCCAGGGUCCUGGGCACAGACCUAAAUUAGUCAGCCUCUCGAAGGCCAAUGGAGUGGAUGCAGGUAGGUCCACUAAAGAACGUAUCAACGCUGUGCAAGAGAAACGUGAGAAUGAGCAGGCUUGUCAAACUCCCAUCAGUGCCAACGGUGUGACUUCCAUUGUUGGUUCCCAACAUCGCGUUGAACCUCUGAAAGUCGCACUAAAGCGUAAACUGAAGGCUGAAAUGGCAGCAAAUCGGACUACAGAGUCUGCUAGUGCCAAUUCGGCGAAUUCGGGCGCCCCUUCGACUGACGGUGCACGCAAAAGGUCAGCUGUUGCAAGCCCCGUGGUGGAAAAAAAGCGACCCCGUCUGAGCAGAGACUCAGCCUCGAAAUAGUCAUGGACCAUUUCGUGUCGAUCCAUCAAUUUACGCAAACAGUUCGGGUGUGAGUUACCAAAAGUUCUGUAUCUAAACAGUCAUCAGGCAACUUUUGUGGAACCUUCGCACGUUCAUUUUAUUGUUUGUGUAAAAAUUCCGAGGUUCUAGUCCACUCCUUACCAGUCACCCACUCUACCGAACUCAUCAUGUCACUUCAAAAACCCGGUUCACCUUUUUCAAGAGGAAGAUUAUAUGUGCGUCCAUUUUUCGCAUUCGACCGUUUUUUUGCGUCGGUUUUUCGUCUUUGUUUCCAUAUCGUUGAGAAGAUCCAUAAUACACUAUCUGCUAGUUCA